AUGAUUAGCGGCAGAACACCCGGUCCUCCAAGAACCUUCUUCAAGUCAUUUCAUGUGUCAAUUGACGAUAGUCCAAGGAAAUUUUGGGAACUAGAAGAAAUUCCUGAUUUCAAAAAGACAACAACAGAAGAAGAUCGAUGUGAAUCUCACUUUAAGGAAACAACCAUACUACAAAAUGGACGAUUCACUGUGCAGCUGCCUUUCAAGCCCAAUAGUCAACUUGGCGACAGUUUAGCACAAGCAAAAGGCAGAUUCAAUUAUUUCGAGCGACGACUGGAACAGAAUCCAGAUUUAAAAGAUCGCUAUACCGCAUUCAUAGACGAAUUUCUCGAUAUGGGGCAUAUGGAGUACAUACCGCCUGGAGAAAUCGAAAAGCCAGUUGAUAGCGUAUAUUAUCUGCCACAUCACUGCGUUUUCAAGGAAGAUUCUACUACCACAAAGCUACGUGUAGUUUUCGACGGAUCUGCAACAACAUCAACCGGAAAAUCACUCAACGACACUUUGAUGGUUGGUCGCACGGUACAAGACGACCUCUACUCGAUAAUCAUGUGCUUCAGGUUCUACCCAAUUGCUUUAUCAGCAGAUAUCGCAAAAAUGUACCGACAAGUUGCUCUAGAGGACAAAUCGAAGGAUUUCCAUCGCAUACUUUGGAGAUCAAAUAAAUCGGAUGAAAUCAAGCAUCUCAGGAUGACACGUGUUACAUAUGGAAUAGCUUCGUCAGCUUGUCACUCAACAAGAUGCCUCAAUGAAAUAGCAGAUCAAUCUAAGAACCCAAUGAUCAAAGAAAGUCUCAAAAAUUGUUUCUAUGUAGACGACUUUCUUGGUGGCGCUAAUGAUAAGCAUGAAGCAGAAAGACUCAUCUCUGAUUUAUGCGAAGAGCUGAACUCUCAUGAAUUCCCUCUACGAAAAUGGACUUCAAGCAAAGCUAAAAUAAUUGAAGGAUUGCCAGAACAUCUCCGCGAAAAAUCGGAUGUGCUGGAACUUUUUCCUGACGAAUACCAAAUCAAGGCGCUAGGAGUCAGUUGGAAGCCCAAUAAGGACAUCUUUUGUUUUUCAACUGCCUUAUCAGAGCUGAAACUGCUUACAAAGAGGACUCUUCUGUCCACAAUUUCAAAAUUGUUUGAUCCGAUGGGAUCGCUAGCUCCAUUCAUCAUCAAUUUCAAAUGUCUCAUGCAACAGCUAUGGGUCCAAGGUUUUGAUUGGGAUUCUGAAGUCGAUCAGAAAACCAGGGAAAAUUGGUAUGAGCUCACCGGAACUUUGCCUCAACUACUGGAACUACAGAUACCAAGAUCUAUGAGCUCACAUCCAAUAAAGGAGGUUCAACUUCACGUAUUCUGUGAUGCUUCCGAAAAAGCAUAUGCAGCCGCAAUCUAUACAAGAAUUACCAAUGAUGAUGGCAAAACUUUUGCGUAUCUACUGACCUCCAAAACAAAGGUUGCUCCGGUCAAAGCAAUCUCUGUUCCCAAAUUAGAGCUCUGCGGUGCAAGUUAA